UCGGUUCCGACCAAGAUGGCGCCUCCUCCGCCCGUAUCCCGCUGCUCCGCGGCUGCGACGGCGGCUCUGGAGCAUCUUCAGGGAGUGGAAAAACAACUGCAAAAUGAAGGGCUUGUGUUUGACAUGGGGACCGUUCAGCACUUGGAAGAAGCUAUCCAGGCCAUUAAGAAGCUGGAAGGAGAAAGGAAGCGUAUCCUUGAACUGCUGGAAGAGGAAACCAUCAAAAAUUGUAAUCUUCGUGUCAAAAUCAAAGGAAUGCCACAGAUAGUCAUGGAAGAGUUUGAAGCGCUCGUUGCUGCCGCCCGCCGAGCUCAGGUCCUGAAGAUCACCGAGAUCGAGGCCUCCGCGCAGGAAGUGGAGUCUGUGGUGGAACGGACGCAUUCGAAACAGAACUUUUCCGAACAGCACAAUCUUGCACUGAGCGAGGAACAGAAAGAAUUCGGGGACAAACAGGAAAAAACCGUCGACAUUCUGAACCAGCAGCUGGCAACAAAGAACAGCUUCUACAUUCAAGUCAACGAACUUCUCAAUAUGGAAAGAGACGAAGAGGAGGAGUCUGCUUUUCAGAUCAACGCCACUGAUGAACUGGAGAAAGAAAUAGUUUGGGCGGUGUCAGUGUUUGAAAAAGAGCAGGCAUUGCUGGAGAGCCAGACUGCAGAUCUCCAGAGCAAACUGUUGGCCCUCAAGCUCCAGAUAGCCCAGAAGAGCAUGGAGUACGAAGCACUGCUGGCCAUAUUGUGUGCUCUUCAGAAGCAAGUGGAGGAGAAGAAGCAGAGCGAAGCUUCAAACUGGUCAGAUUAGUAUGGAUUCAGACUUUCGUGAGGAAGCAGAGGCCCUGCUUCAGCAGUUGGCAGAGUCUGAGGAGGAGAUGAAAAGCGCCCUGCAGAUCCAUAAAAGGCUCAAGAAUGAAAACGACCUUCUCAGGACACAGUUUGGGAUGGUUUUCCAGGAAGAAAGGAAGUUUAACACCC